AUGACUAGACUGGCAGACCACUGUGAAUCUGACCCAUGCCUAAACGGAGGGAAGUGCUGGCCAACCUCAGAUGGGUUUUUCUGUGACUGUCCUACUCACCCUCAGGCUUAUACUGGACCAGACUGCGGCCAACUGUAUAAUGCAUGUAACGUGUACAAGUGUCCUAACGCACAUGAGUGCCUCGGCCAACCAGGGUUCCCUGACUAUCAGUGUUUAUGCCAUUAUGAAACUCAUUGUAAAGGCUGUGAGCCUAACUCUUGUGCCCUUCCUAACUCUCAGUGUUCAGGAACUGCUGAUAUUAUCAGGUGCCAAUGCCAAGAUGGUUACAGUGGGACAGAUUGCCAAUACAAUGCAACCGUGUGCACUCCCAACCCCUGCCAGAAUAAUGCCAGCUGUGUGGUGCACAGCAGAGGCUACAGUUGUGUGUGUGAACCUGGUUGGACUGGGCAGCACUGCGAGACUGAUGUGAAUGAGUGCCUGUCUAACCCAUGCAAGAAUAAAGCCAUCUGUAUGGACAAAGUGAACAAAUAUCUGUGCUUCUGUGUGCCCGGCUUUCAGGGCUAUAACUGUGAGAUUGACAUCAAUGAGUGCGCUUCCCGGCCCUGCCUCAACAAUGCCUCCUGCAUGAACCUCAUGGACCAGUACAUGUGCGACUGUGGUGUCGGUUACACAGGUGACAACUGUGAGACAGAAAUAGACGAGUGUGAGUCAAACCCAUGUCACAACGGUGCCACAUGCAGGGAUCAUAUUGGUUACUUUUCCUGUGACUGUCCUGCAGGCUAUGAAGGAAAACGCUGUCAAUUCGAUAUCGAUGAGUGCCAGAGUCAGCCAUGUCAGAAUGGAGGGCACUGCCAGGAUGCCAUUAACAGGUAUGAGUGUAACUGCACUGACACAGGAUUUGUGGGGGACCAGUGUGAGAUUGACAUCCCAGAGUGUGCAUCCAACCCCUGCUGGAAUAACGGCUCCUGUCUAGAAGGGGUGAAAAGCUUCAGCUGUCUCUGCUGGCCCGGAUAUUCUGGUGAUCAAUGUGCUACUGACGAUGAUGAAUGUUCAUCACAACCAUGUGAUAACGGUGCACUUUGUCUAGAACGCUCCAACCAGUCAAAUUAUUGGACCGAGCCAGAGUUUGAUACAGACUUCAGUUAUAGUAGUGCUGUAGGAUAUGUUUGUCGCUGCCAGCCGGGGUUUACAGGUGAAAACUGCUCUAUAAAUAUCAAUGAGUGUGAGUCCAUGCCUUGUCACAAUGGCGGCUCCUGCAUCGACCUGGUUAAUGAGUUUCGAUGUGAUUGUACACUGGGAUUUACAGGUGUAGCCUGUUCUAUAAACAUUGAUGACUGUGAAAACAACCCGUGUGAAAAUGGGGCAACAUGUCAGGAUGAGGUAGCUGGCUAUCGUUGCUUAUGCCCUGAGACCACCGCAGACGGCAUUACAUGGGGAGGUAACAAUUGCUCAGUGAAGUUGGAAGGAUGUCUUGAACACAACUGCCAGAAUCAAGCCAAAUGCAUCCCAACCUACGAUGAAGAGGUCCACAGAUACAUCUGUAUAUGCCAACCAGGCUUUUAUGGGGAUAACUGUUCCAUAACUACAACAUUUUCAUUCAGUUCUAGUGGUUACAUUCUGCAUGACCUGAGUGGGAAUAACAGGAGCAGGAAAAGUGUUGAAGAGAGCGUUAGCGUAUCCCUCAGAUUUCGAACAACACUUUCAGGCAUGGUCCUUGUUUAUAGAGGUGAUGGAGAAAAUUUCCUGCUACUUGAGGUUUAUAAGGGAUUGCUGCAUGUUGGGAUUGGGCAAAAUGGCAGCUCAAUUCGUUCUGCCAUUGAUGCCCACAGAGUAGAUGAUGGCCACUGGUAUCAGGCUGAGGUAUUUUUAAAUAAAUUUAAUGUGUUUCUUCAUCUUGUUGAUUGUAUUAAGGACCCCUGUAACAUAAGUACAUUUCUUGACACUGAUUAUAGUCUUCACCUACAAAAAUCAUUUAGCAUGAUAUAUAUUGGAGGACUGCCAGCAGGGAUCCUUUCAAAUAACCUUCAAAGCCAACAGAACUUUACUGGCUGCAUGGAGGAUCUGAAGAUCGACUCCAGGAUGCUGUUGCCACAGAACAUUGACCCUGACAUAGUCUUUAAUAUGGAACUUGGGUGCAAUAAAACAGAUUGGUGCCAUCCCAACCCAUGUGAACAUGAGUCACCGUGUAUUGACCUCUGGACUGAAUUUAGGUGUGAGUGUAACAGACCAUACACGGGUCCUACCUGCAUGCUUGAGUACACACCCAGCACAUUUCACUGGGAAGGGACCCCCAGUUUUGCCAGUUUCUUGGUCCCUCAGAACUUUGGUGAUACAUUCAACAUUUCCGGAUUCAUCCGAACACUUAAAGCAGAUGGUCUUCUGGUGCAGAUCAGUAAUCAGACAGUAGAUUAUUUCAGUGCCUAUCUGCACAAUGGGAAGCUACGCGUUUCCACCCUGUCUGCUAAUCCUCUGGUCUUUCUGGUGAACCUCAAUGAUGGCAAGAAGCAUAUGAUAAACCUAUCAGUCAGGCAUGGGCAAGUUACUGUCACCCAUCUGCAGAAGGAGCUUGUAUUGGGGCAGUUACCACCAGUGUCCGUUACGGAUGGAGAUAUAAUCCAUGUUGGAGGAAUUCCCCCUGGGGGUAGCUCUGAGAAAUGGGGUGGAUAUUUUAAAGGUUGUCUUCAGGAUUUGAGGUUAAACAAUCAUCGCUUGGAAUUCUUCCCACCGAAAACAGGCGCAGAGGAAACCAUAUAUUCUCAAGUCACACGCAACGUCACCCAGGGCUGUGUUUCUGAUGACGUCUGUGAAAGCAGCCCUUGCAGGAACAAUGGUACCUGCUCUGUAACAUGGAAUGAUUAUGUCUGCAGCUGUCCUGCUAACUUUACCGGAAGAAUGUGCGAGGAGCUGGUAUGGUGUGAGCGCAGACCGUGCCCGGCAGAAACAACUUGUCAAGAUGUUCCUGAUGGAUAUGUGUGUCUGACCAGUGCAACCUUCCUAGGUAACAGCUCAGUAACCUUUACUCCCAAUAUAUCCGCAAGUCAAGACAUUACUUCCAUAUCUUUGGAAUUCAGAACAAGAGAACAAGAUGCAUUAUUGCUAAAGGCCUCCAAAGAUGGGGACUCUAUCCACAUAGCUGUUGAAGAGGAAUUUCUAGUCAUUGCAUUACAUAGUGGGAAUAGUGUGGAAGGCAUCAGAUAUAAAAGCACAACCAAGGUUUCUAAUGCACUUCUGCACCGAGUGGUAAUGACCACACAAGAAUCUUCUCGAUGGGUUGUCCAGCUGAAUAAUUUGCCUAUUGUGACUUUACAGGGAAGUUCUAAGAACCUGAACUUUCUGGGUGAAGAAAUCUCCAUUGUCCUGGCUGUUAAUUACACUGGAUGUUUGGGAAGAGUUGCCAUUGGAGGUAUAUACCUUCCGUUUACAGACCACUCAUACCCACAGCCAGAACAGUUUAUUCGGAGCAGCUCUGGAUCAUUAGACUUAGGAUGCCGAGGAGCAGAUGUGUGUAGCAUGAGCCCUUGUCUUCAUGGAGGAAAAUGUGUUGAUCAUUUCAAUGAUUUCCGUUGUGAGUGCAGGAACGGCUGGGAAGGGCUCCUGUGCCAAUUAAACAUCGACGACUGCAACCCCAACCCCUGCAUCAGUGGCUCAUGUACAGAUUUAGAGGCCAAUUAUCAGUGUGACUGUUUCCCAGGAUACACUGGGAUAAACUGUGAAACUAAUGUGGACGAUUGCACGCAUCAUCGGUGCCUGAAUGGGGGUUUGUGUGUGGAUGGAGUGAAUAGCUACACAUGCAAGUGCCUAUCCAGUUACACUGGACCAUACUGUCAGUGGCCUUUCCCGCCAGAUCAAUGCGAUCGAAACUUCAGCUGCCUGAAUGGGGGUCAGUGUAUGAGUGGGAUAUGGGGAGCAAACUGCACGUGCAGAGCAGGCUUUACUGGGAAGAGAUGUGAAAUCAAUAUUAAUGACUGUGAAUCGAACCCAUGUCUCAAUGGGGGAACCUGCCAGGAUUCGGUAAAUACCUUCAAGUGCAUCUGCAAUAGCAGUUUCAGUGGGGUGCGCUGCGAGAAAAGCAGUAUGACCUCUAUAUUCCCCUUUCCACUACUUGGAGUCGCAGUCCCUGUAACAUCUGGGAUUUUACUACUUCUUGUCAUUGCGGCCAUUUUGAUGGCGCUGACAGCCAGAAAAAGGCGGCAGUCAGAAGGAACCUACAGCCCUAGCCAGCAGGAAGUAGCUGGUGCUCGGCUUGAAAUGGACAGUGUGCUGAAGGUACCUCCAGAGGAACGUCUGAUCUGAAGCAGAAUGAGAAGCUUCAGAUGAAUGAUGAAUUACUGCAACCCUCUGAAGAUAAAUAACUCUUGAAGAGUGCUCCUUGUUCUCAGGUAACAAAGCUGUAGCAGAGGGGGUACACACAAGCAGCUUGAAAUGCCACAUGGUCAGUGAAACUCCAGAGGAGGCAGCAAAGACACUGUAUACUCCUUUGAUUAAAUGUGGGCACUGGCAACAUUCCAAACAAGUCACUUCCCAGGUGAAUGUACUUUUUCCUAAGGAGAGUUCCUUUCAUGGCCUUGCAAUCAAGAACAAUUUGUAAAUCUGAGAAUCUGCUUUGUAUCUUCCUGAAGUCAUAUUGUGCCAUCUGAUACCAAGACGUCAACUGCUGUUUUCUAAGUCAGUUUUUAGCCAAUGACCCCAGAGCUGUGCUUGAAACCACUUUUCAGAUCAGCUCACAGAUAUUGCGAUGGAUUGAUAGUGUAUUCUAAGCCUGUCGCAGUGACCAAAGACGCACUUAGAGGCUCUAGCCAAAGGCUUUAUAGUCUUCAGGCCCCAGCGGA